AAUUUUCCUUUUCAGUCGUUUGCUACCCUUGGCGCGCUCGACACGCAACUUCAAUCCGGAACACCGUAGUCGUGGAUUAACUGGUUGGAUACAAUUUUUCUUUUCCUGGUGGUGAGCUGGCUCAGCCUCCACCAGCAUUUUGGAAGCUGGCAUGGGAACAAGUGGAGAGUUGAAUUCCCAUUUGCUUUACUGUGGGUGAAAGUGGAGGAUUUUUUUCUAGGCAGUGGCAGAGUGUGAUAUUCUAUAAAUAGUGUCGGGAUGGUGAGUCCUCUGUAAUACCGAGGGAUACAAACCGAGCGAAUGAAAAACACAUUAAUGAACAUCUGAUGAAAAAAUUUAUGAAAAGAAGAAGAAAAACGCGACAGUGAAAAGCCACCAACAGCAACUGGAGAAGGUUUAGCUUAACGCCUAAUUGAAACUCGGAACAACCCACCGCCUGCCGUCUUUGGCUGCGUUUCGUCCUACGUACGAGGUUACAUAUAAGGAUACGGGUACCUAGCUGGAGGAAAUAACAGUGGUGGGUUACAAGUGUUCCAGCUAAUCACCGGAUUCUGUGAGAAUUUAAUGCAACUAGUGUGGUGCUCAACUGUAACUCGACUGUUGCUCAACUAGUGGGUGCUCUCCGGUGUGCUAUUACGCGGUUAUAAACCACCUGUCGAUUGCAAUUAAAAGUGAUUCUGCCAACGCCUCAUAUUACCACCCCCGGAUAUCAUCCCUCUUUUCAGGCCGAGUGCUGCAGGAAGGAAAAACUUACUACGAGACAACAUGAAAUAGUGCAACCUUCGUCGUGUGGAUCAUCUUCUUGGGCGAUGAUCCUCUAAUCGCUUAAAGCCAAAAACAUAUCAACAACUAGUAUCUAACCUCUCAUAAAUUAAUCGAGGGGGCUGAAACAAUGCAAAUAAACAAACAAUAAUACGAAGUUUAGUGAUGAGAUUGAAAACAAUAAUAACUUCAUGGGCAUAGAGGAGAACACGCCGGUAUUACUAAGGAAUACGCCAAGUUUAAUAACCAGAUGUCGAGUCGUUUCUAUCGUUCAAUUGGGUGUUUUGUUAGCGACAAAAAAAAACAAAAAAAAAUGAAAAGAUUAGAAUAGAGUAUAAAAGCAUACAGGAUCGUACUAUCACCAUGACCGUGGAAAACAUCUGUAUUUGACUUACUAGCUGCAGUGGGGUGAUAAAAAUUCCUACCAACAGGUGAGCUUCCACGAACGGAUAGAAACAGAACAAUACCAAACUCAGAACAAGGUGAUUUGAUACACGGCAUUCGACACUCCCAAAUGAAUGCCGUGGCAAUGCGUGUUGAGAUCAGUACGAACAACAUCCCACCCAUGGAUGGGUGACGAAAACUGGGAACAGGCUGUGUGGAAUAAAAUGCUGAUUUCUUGCUGUUUGGGAAGUUGUGAAGUGCGAUAAUAUGCUUUGUGCGUGUUCAGAGUGCGAAACGCGAUACUAAAUUUGGAUUUAAUCAAGCAUAAACGAGUUUGUUUGUUUUUAUUGCUGCUCAGUGAUACACGUGUCGGUAGUUGUCAUUUUCAUAAUUAAUUUGCAAGCAAAUUAAUGAGUGAGAAACUUUCCGACUGUGAAAAUAGGCGACUUCAGCGUGAUUCUCGUGUACACUAUUAGGUCGGCUUAGUGAGACACAUUGUGCCCAGCCGAAGGUGUUUCAUUUGGCGAUAGAACUGUUGCCCGUCCGAUUCCUAAAUGCUCAGCCCAAAAAUGCAGCGAUCCGUUCGUGUCAACGAGCAUCAGCUGAUUAUGCUGUCCGACCGGGCGCAGUAUGAUCACUCGAUGCACGGACAUUUACACAAACGAACGGCAGACAACAACAAAUGGCAGUUGCGGUGGUUUGUGCUUUACCAGAAUCUGCUGUUUUAUUAUGAAUCGGAACAAUCGAGUAGACCUUCCGGGCUGAUCUUUCUGGAAGGCUGCUACUGCGAACGGCUUGUUUCAGCCCCCUCGUUGUCCGGUCCGCCAAUCGGCAGUGGUGGCGGACAGGGCUCAAAAGCCACAAAGGAGGAAAAACUACAGCACUGCUUUACCAUUUGCUACCGUCGCGAGAACCAACGGCAGUAUGAACUUCGAGCAUCAACGGAGUCCGAGUGUUCGGCUUGGAUCAUCGCCAUCAGAGAGGCAAGCUUCAACAAACUGCUGCUACAGAAGGAAGAGCUGGAGCAAAAACACGUCCACCUGCUGCAGGUGGUCGAAAGCGAGAAGACGGCUAAAUGGCAAUACACUCAACAGUGUGAAGAGCUCGCAUCCGAAAUACGAAAACUAAGAGCCGAGCUAUGUGUGCUACGCAAGGAGACCCGUUCCAGCUACUCGGCCACACCGGUGGGUCGCGGUAGUUUUAGCGUUCCUGGUGACCCCAUCGACGAGCACUCGUCGCUUCCGGGUCUGUGCGCGUCCGUACACGAUUCGAUCGAGCUGCGGAAGAUAAAGAAAGUGCAGAGUUUUUUCCGCGGUUGGUUGUGCCGCCGGCGGUGGAAGCAAAUCGUGGAGGAGUACAUACGGUCACCACACGCAGAGAGCAUGCGAAAGCGGAACCAUCUAGUUUUCAGCAUGGUGGAAGCUGAGGAAGAAUACCUGGAACAGCUCGAGGUUCUCGUCGCUUGCUUUCUCCGCCCGUUCAAAAUGGCGGCCAGCUCUAAACGGCCGCCGUGUUCCCACGAAGAUGUCAAUUCAAUUUUUCUCAAUUCGGAAACGGUACUGUUCCUGCACCAGAUCUUCCUCAAAGGACUCACCUCGCGGCUUGAGUCGUGGCCGACGUUGGUACUUGGUGAUUUGUUCGACAUGCUACUGCCCAUGCUGAGCAUCUACCAGGAGUACGUCCGCAAUCAUCACUAUAGCCUACAGGUAUUGACCGAGUGUAAAAGCAAUUCUAACUUCGCGACGGUCCUAAAACGACUGGAAGCGAAACCGACAUGCCAGGGACGAAGUUUGGAAACCUUUCUGACGUACCCAAUGCAUCAGGUUCCUCGCUACAUAAUCACGCUGCACGAGUUACUGGCCCACACUCCGCAUGACCACGUGGAACGCAAAAGCUUGCAGAACGCGCGCCAGCAGUUGGAGGACCUUUCGCGCCAAAUGCAUGACGAAGUUUCGGAGACGGAAAAUCUGCGGAAAAAUCUAGCCGUAGAGCGCAUGAUCGUCGAGGGGUGCGACAUUUUGCUCGACGUGAACCAAGUGUUUGUCCGGCAGGGAAGUCUCGUUCAAGUGCCACCAGGAAGAGGGAGGAUUCGAAGUCGGUUGGCUUCGUUCAAAAGCGAACGUGAUGCUGUGCGGCAAUGCUUUCUCUUCUCGAAUCAUAUGAUAAUCGCAACCAGAACAUCUGGUGGUCGUCUACACCUGCUGCCGGAUGUGGGUAAAAUUCCGCUGGCGGAUGCUACCCUGGUUGAAGACCCAAGUGAAGUACAGCACGAUGACGAGGAGGCUUCCGUUUGUUCGGCUUCGACUCGAGGAAGCACGCUGAGUGUUUCCGAAUCCGUGAACGCCGGAAAUCGUGAUUUCAAAAUAAUUGUCGAAACCAAAUCCGGUGCACGACACGGUAUCCAUCUAAUUGCACCCACCAUCCAGGAUAAGGAAGCAUGGAUUAGUGACAUAUCACAAUGUUUGGACAACAUCCAUAUGCACUCGUUGCUAUCUCCGGGCAUCGGUGGUUCAUCAGGAGGAUCCAUCUUUGCAGGGCACCAAGCUCUACGUGCCGAUCCGAGAUUGUUCAAGGAUGAUGUUGAUAUUCGCUUUUCGCGAACGUUGAAUUCCUGUAAAUUACCUCAAGUUCGCUAUGCAACACCGGAACGACUACUGCAACGGUUAACUGAUCUACGGUUUUUAUCGAUCGAUUUCCUGAACACGUUCCUGCUAACAUAUCGAGUGUUCACCGAUGGAGAAACGGUACUAAAUGCCCUAAAAAGUGUGUUCUAUGAUCCGCCGGUGGAACCACCCUGUGAUUGUGACCAUCAGACGGAUUUCCUAGAGUUACCCUAUCAGGAUGGGAGGGCGUCGCCCCGGAGGACAUCAGGAGCCAGUUCAGUGUCAGGAUACUGCUCUGAAGGCGCCGAUCGCGAUCGAUCGAUGAGUGGCGAUUCAGCUGGGCUUCGCUUUCGCGGUUCUCGGCGAGGCUACGCUAGUCACCAAAGCUCGGAGCAAGAAACUCUCUCCUGGAUUCCGGAACAGGUGGGGCCGGUCAUUAUUCACGGAACGCACCACCAUGAAGGUAGUCAAGACGAAAAGCCAACAUCGCCAAAGGUCGACAGUACGCACAUGCAGAGUAAAUCGCAGCAGGAAAUCCACCCACAGCCACAGGAUGAUUCGUACCUGGUGAUACCGAAAGCGAUGGCCGGUUCCAGCAGCUCCGAUACUAUAGCUGAAGCUGCAAAGAGUGGACCAUCGUCACCGUCAAAUUUGAGCAGCGUGACACUCGUCGGAUCAACUGGGUCCGGCGGGGAGGAUAAAUCCGAAGACCAAACGCCAACGGAGGGAUCGUUCAAAUACGGUAAAGCGCCCAUUGCGCCACUGCCGGAACGUGUAAAUCCGAAACAACGGAGGGAACCAUCGACGCCAACAAUCUGCACAACGGAUACUACUAACAUGACGCAGCAGCACCAGCAUGCAAUAGAGAAUCAACAGCAGCAUCAGCAGCAGAUUAAAAUACCUCAGUCCCCACCGAGGGUAACGACUACGCCAUGCCACAGCCCGGCCAGCGUCCAGCAACAACUCCAGAGUGCCAAGGAACAGCAAACGGUGUGCCAAAAUGGACAUGAAAGCCCGAAAAUAAUAACUCAGUCUUAUCUGAGUACAACAACCACGACAACGGUUACGAUAACGACGACAACUACCACAACUUCUGCCAAAAGCAUCUCGCCGCCACAUCUUCUUCCGAUGGACCGUAGACCGAGUGUUGGACACAAUAUUGCCAUCCCACAUGCGGCGCUCUGCCAGCAUCGUCACAGCUUACAGCUGAACGGCGAUGGCAGCUUCUACGGCAAGGGCAGCGACCGGCAGCAGCCACCGAUCAGCAGUCCACGGCUGACCACGCGGAAAUUCUCCGCUCCGAAAACGCCAGACCGUCAGCGAAAGAGCUUCUUCGGAACGCCCCAGCGCGAAAGAGACUCAUCGAGUUCACGUCGAUUCUCCGAGAGCGAUGAUGACAUGACCACUUCGAUCUUCACAACGCCCCGCGGUUCGGUGGGUGGUGUCUCGCUCAACACCCUCUCGUCUCGGGCGUCGAUGCAGCAUGACCACGUCCCGCACUGUUCGAGCAAAGUGGGAGUCGUAAUCACAUCCUACCGACAAUCACAACGCAGCAUGGGACCCGACCCAUUAUGGAGUAGCACAUCAACUGCAGCGGCGGCAUUCGCAAUCGCUACCUCAGCUUCCAGCAACCCUAGGGACGAGCCCCCCGAUGUGGAAGCUAGGAACCGAAAAGAAUCCGUUGUCAGUUCACCGGCUACGAUGCGUGUCCUGAACGUGCUGCGGCACUGGGUGUCCAAGCACUUUCAAGAUUUCGAGCAGGAUGCAGCUCUGCGCUCCCAGACGAUAGCCUUCCUGGACGAUAUCACAUGUAGCCCGAACUUAUUGCCAACCGAGCAUAGAGCUGCAUCCCAACUGUUACGACUCCUGUGCCGCGAAGACAUCGAUAGCGGGAAGCAACAGCUGGACAUGCUGCUGAUGCCACCUCAGACACCAAGCAAGGAGAGUAUUGAGACCCUAUCUGCCCUAGAAAUUGCUGAGCAAAUGACGUACCUGGAUCACCAAAUAUUUCUGGCUAUUCGAAGCGAGGAAUUUCUCGGUCAGGCGUGGAUGAAAUCUGAUAAAAAAUCACGCGCUGAACAUAUCAUUCUUAUGACGAAACGAUUCAACGACGGUUCACGGCUGGUGUGUUCGGAAAUAGUGUCCAGGAGUAACAUGGUGGCGCGGGUAGCUGCCAUCGAGAAGUGGACAGCCGUGGCUGACAUCUGUCGUUGUUUGCAUAACUUUAAUGGAGUAUUACAAAUCUGUGCUGCCUUCACCAAUGCGGCUGUGUACCGGCUGAAGAAAACCUGGGAUAAAGUACCUAAAACAAUCAAAUCGACAAUCACCAAACUACAGGCUGUGGUGUGCUCUGAUGGACGUUUUCGAGUGAUGCGCGAAGCACUGCAUCGCUGUGACCCACCCUGCAUUCCGUACCUGGGCAUGUAUCUAACUGACCUUUCCUUCAUCGAGGAGGGCACACCGGACUUUACACCGGACCGUUUGCUGAAUUUUUCCAAAAUGCGCAUGAUCGCACACGUGAUACGCGAAAUUCGCCAUUUCCAACAGACGCCGUACAAAAUCGAUCACAUACCGAAAGUUACAUCCUACCUCCUGGAUACAUCGUUGCUGCUGGACGACGACGAAUUGUACCAAAAAUCGCUGCAAAUCGAACCGCGAAGUUCGCGUCUCAGUGCACCUAACACGGCAAACGUCUAAUCCCUGGAAAGUGCAGUUUGCAACCAAUAAUUCCAUCCGAGUUUUUUGAGUGAAAAAAAGAGCGAACUAUAUGCCGGCGGUGAUUUGUGAGUCUUUGUGGAGUGGAGUGUGAUGUUUCUUUAUUUUUAUGUGAAUGGCGUGCAACGAGUGGCGAGAUCAGCUUUCGGCGCCACGCGUUAAUAACGAGCAACGGGCGCGGUGGAAUCUACGCUUUUUAAAGAUGAAACCAAUUAAAAGUUCUUCGUGGUAUCGAGCGCUCCAUUUGAUAGUUUUGAUAUCUGGAUCAGGCUGUCGAAACAGUCAGCGCGCAUCGCCUCUGAACCCCUUGAACUCGUUGAUAGGAUAUCGAAAGGGAAACAAAAAAAAGGCACAAUUCCCAACCAAGUUUGGCCGGAUGGGGGAACGGUGUACAUUCUGCAACUUUUGAAAGCAGGAUCUAUACUCGUUUGAACUGCACCCGACUAUCGGAACUGGCAAGCGCCGACCUACGCGGAAGCGAUUCCCACUUGCAGCGGAAGUGUUGCAAGGUCGGUCAUAAAUCAAUGCAAUCAAAGCUCCCUCGUCCGAUACCGAUGAUAAUGGUGCCGGAGAUAAUUACCUUCACAAAGUUCAAUUAGGACUUUUAUGCUGCGCCCUGAACUAAUAGUGAAAGUUGUACUCAACCGUUCCCAGCAAAAUCAACCCGAAGGGUUUCAAGUUGGAAUGAGAGGUGUGGAUAUGGCCGGAAAGUGCUAUCAUGGAUUGUUACGACCUUCACAGAGAUUUAAUGGAUCGAUUAAUAUUGCAUGCGAAUGGAUCAACAGCCGUCGAAAGCCGUUGUUCAAGCGCAGUGCUAUUCCAGUACAGUUCUCUUUUCUAUCUCUUUACCUUUCUGUUGGGAUAAACAAAAAUUCUUCAAAUUCAUAAUGACACAUACGUAAAACGCAGCUAAAUUUUGCAGCAAAAUCGAAGCUAGAUGAAUACAUCAUAUUCAAUAUAAAACACAAAUUAACAAAUCUCCUCUUAUGCCUUUAAUUGUACACGAGUAUCUCAAUUAUAAUUAAAUAAUCUACUAAGAGAAAUUUAGUACAAGUAUGUCUUCUUGUAGAUUGAAAGUAAGCAUAGGAAAGUUAUGCUGGUCGUAACACAACAUUACUUAUGAAUAUUUGUACUAGCUUGUAAUGUAGGCUUGCGUGGAAAAGGACAAAAAACUACACCGGUAAUAAGAAGUAGAAUCACAAUUGAAUGUGUAGGGACGAAAAUCCGACUAUGACGGAUAUCUCCAAAGGCGGCAUAUAACAGGAUGGGCAGCUACGUAAACAAAGCAAAAUGUCCUGCCAUAUGACGUUUGGGUGAUCAGUAAAGCACUUUCUAUAUACAAACCAAAUUAACUCUACAUAUCUCCAAUCGACUCAAUUUAUACAUACCAACAAUAAAAAAAAACCAAAGCGGAAUUUAAUGUUAACCUGUUUGUUAGUCUUGCCAGAAAGUCAAAUCAACUGACCGGCGAUACAGUAGAGUAAAAAAAAACAAGUGAUAAAUUUCGGUAAAAACAAAACUAUUAAUGAACUUCAAUCCUUCUUAUGACAUUCACAACCGAAUGCAGUCAGCGAAAUCAAUUUUCAUUUAAAUAUCCACGCACGUCCGUUUUGUCUGCUGCACUAACUGACUGUUGACGGAUUUAAUUGGAAGCCGGAAAAACGACAGCCACACGGUUUGAUGAAUCAGACAGGUAUUGUUCGAGUGCUUUGUGUUUGCCAUGAAAGUUGUAGAAAACAUAAAAAUGAAAAGGUGGAUCAAUCAUAAAGGAAAAGAGUACAGGAGCUUAGCUUGACGUCGAUCGCAGAAACCAAUUGUGAUGUAUAACCCAUAAUUAUGUUUGUACCAAGUUCAAAUGAUAUAUCCGAUCAAACUCUUAUAAAUAACAGUUAUCUUACAGGAAAUUUCUACUCUUCGUAUCGAAUCCGUUGGACUGAUUCAAAACAAUCUUUAAUAUAAAUCACGAGGGUCCCUUUUACCUGUUAUCUUACUAUCUGUUGAAAUGUUAAUCGAAUAUAAAAAACACAUAGUUUAGGCACAAUGUGCAGGAAACAUAUUUUUAUGAAAUCUUGAAACAUAUUUGACAGGCAAAGCUGUUGCAGUUACCAAAGUGACAAACGUGAAACCUCUAACCCCAUUUUCAAGUAGAUCAAACAAAAACGUAGGAAAAAAAGAACUCAAAGAAACCGUUGUGACUACAUAUUUUAUUACUUUAGAAAGAGGAACGAUUAGAGAAAAAAAAAACAAAACAAAACAAAACAAAACCAAACCAAACAAAGCCACAGAGUGGUGUAAGGGAGACCCGAUAAUCAAUUUCAAUCAAAGCUUGAAACAUUCCAAAUACAAUCAAUUUUACAAGUGAAAUGCUCGAAAGCGUUUUAAGAUUUGCUCAAAAUUUGUUCAUUAUAUCCAGAUGAUAAUGCCAAAGAUUACCGUAACGUUCCAUUCACAAAAUAAACACAAACUGUUCAAUCUAAUCAAAAAAGCUACACUGAAUAAAAAUCCUUCCUUCUUAAUUACAAACAAA